UCCACAAUCCCGCGCGGUACGAACUGCCGCUGGGGUGUAAGCUUUAUCCCAGUGCAGAUCUGGUGAUGAGCUUAUGCAGCGCAGAUUGCAAUCAGAUUUUUAUUCGCCCAGAUUAUGAAUUCUUCAAAAAAACAAAAUAUGAACGACCACCACCCACUGAGAAGAGCAGCCCCACCAGCCAGGCCACAUCCGAUCGCCGGCUACCGAGCACAGCACCACCACCACAGCCAGCGAGCCAUCCAGGCGGCAGGGAUCGACCCACUCGAACUCCAGCGGGGCCUCCACCCAACCAACGCAUUCGCAAGACUCGACCACAACACUCUCAGCAGGAUCCUCAGCUUCAUCAGCCCAAUCCAACUACUCACAACACUCAACAGAACAAGCAAGACUCUCAACAGACUCAUCAACCAGCACGAUAACCAUCUCCUAUGGAACACCAAACUAGACUGGCUCACGAACAACCCCCUCACAUCCCACACACUGCCCUCGAUCAUCAACAUCAAUCCAGAUAACCUCGAGAAUCUAUUCAGCCACCCACUCCUCGGUCCCCCCUUCCAGCAGGAUGGCAAAGAAGAAGAAGACCUGCUCUCAUUCGACCCUGCGCCCUCAUCCCAAUACCCCUCCAUAUAUCCCGGCAAGAUCACCAACACUACCAAGGCCCGCAUCCUCACAUACAAACCUCAUCAUCAUCAUUCUAAGGCGACGACGACAAGAAAGACGACGGAUUAUCGGGGUCGAUUCCUAGCUUACUAUCGAUCCUUGUUGCCGUACUUGGACUCGCUCAUCGAGCACUCCACCGACUCCUUGGUCUUCCUCAUCGCCGGGCUCAGUCCGCUCCAACGCGCCGAGCUCUUGGCCGUCCUUUCCAGACUCCUCCGCAACCCCGCCCUCGCACCCCCUCGUCUACUCCUCAACAAGACCCUCCACGAUAACCUCAACAAAGCCCUCUGCGCCUUCCAUCGCGCUCUCUACAACCAGUUCUCCCUCGCUCUCAACACUAACAGGUUGUCCGACUUGAACACCCUCGCCUGCGUCAAUGCUGCUCUUCCCCCUCUCUUGCUCCCUUCCUCUGGUCUGGGAAUUCCUGACAUCGCUCGUUGCUUCAUCGACAAAAGAGUCAUAUUCGAGCAUCAACCCUUUAACCCGUUGGAUAACUUGAGGAAAAGAGAAGGUCUGAAAGGAGAACAAAUAGAGGGGGUAGAUUUCAGCGCGAUGGCCCGAUUUUUCGAAUACAUAAGCGAGACGAUUGAGCGGGAGGGUGGCUUAAUCCAGCGGAUAUUCCCAAGGCAAAUGAACGUGUUAGAGCGACUGAUCAGCCGGAUAAUCGACGAGGUGAUUGAGGGAUACGUGGCUCGGUUAUUGACCGCCGUCCAAAGCUUACCAUCCCCGCUAUUCCAGAUCACCAAUGUGGAAGUCUAUCGCCACUUGAAAGGCUUGGUCGAAGCGACGAAAAAGGUGGACGAGGAUGGGACGGGAAGGACGACUGGACGGGUGGAGGAGAUGAUCCAGCGGAUGUUUGGGGCCCAUCUGGCGGUCUAUCUCGAAGAAGAGCUGAGCUUUGUGAAGGGCGCCUUAGAGCAAGCCUGUUCUCGGUGGCAGGAAGCCGGCGAGCUUAUGGAAGGAAGCCAAGUCGGCGGAAGCCGGGGGGCCGGUCUGACAGUCCCCUCGACCAGGACGACCGACGGCUCGUUGGGCACCAAGACCAAGACGGCGGUGCUGCGCUCGUUCAAGAAUGCCUUGCUCUUGCCGGUCAGCGUGGUGCCGAAGACGGUCUCCUACUCCUUCAAUGCGCUCUCCAACGUCGGCGUCGAGGCCUUCCACUCCGUCACCCAUGCGCUCAUCCUCCCCUCGACCACCUCGAUCCAUACCCACGGCCCGCUCUCGACCGACUAUCGUCAUGCCAAAAUCCUCCGCGAUCAGCCCUCCACACUCGACUCUGAACUCGAGAGCUGGCUCGACUGUUCGCCCCCCAAUCCUUCUCUCCUUCUUCCUACUCCUUCCUCUUCUUCUUCAUCAAAUCCCAUUACUCAUCCCUCUCUCAUCAACCCCAAAUCAACCCUCACUAACAGGGAUCAGAAGCAGGAGGAAGAUGAGCUUGACGAUCGAGAUGGGACCGAGCCUGAUGACGAGCUGAGCUCCUUGCUCUCCCUCGACCUCGUCUUGCAGCUCAUCACAAUCAACCAACAGGCCAUCCAACGUCUCCAUUCGUUCCUUCCUUUCGCGCCUCUCCAGUCUCUCAAUCUCCAAAUCGUCAACACUGUCCAUCAGGUCUUUGUCCUUCUUCUUCAUUCUUUGACACAUCAUCAUAUUCAACCUGGCUUCGAAAAAGCUUUCCGGAUCAUGUCCAGUUAUGCUAGUCCAUCCAAAAAAGAAGUAUCAGAGAAGAGCAAGAAGAAAGGAAGAGUAGGAAAAGAGGAAGGAAAGAAGAAGAAUUCAGGUGGAGGAGGAGGGGGAGGGGUGGCGAAUUUUUUCGGAAUGAUGGAUGUAGCGGACACGAUCCAAGAGAUGGUCGAGGUGUAUUCGGAGCAAGCCUUGGGAGCCGACGUGGGGGGCCAUCAGCAGACGCAGGAUUUCCUGAGUCCGAUCGGCCGGGAGAAGCGGGCGUUUGAGCGGGCGAUCGACGGCUGGGUGGCUCAUGGAAUGAGUCUGACGAUCGACGCGAUCGUCAUGCAGCUCGACCUUCGCUUACGAACUCUUCAACUCCCUUCCGACUUUUGUCCGCCUCCAAACUCUUCUUCUUCUUCUUCUUCCUGUGAGGAUGAUGAUGGUCUUUCUUCCUCCUCAGCCACAACGACAACAACGACGAGGACGACGACGGCGACGGAGAAGCAGACCAAGCCGACUCCCGCGUGUACCGCCGUCGUCGACCGGCUCUUGGCCAUCUGUAACGCCCUCCAAGGCCGCUCUGAUCGCCAAGUCUUGCACGUCUUUUACCAAGAACUCGGGCUCCGGAUCCAUGCAUUACUAUGUAAGCACAUCAAACGGACGAAGAUCUCGAUCGAAGGGGCUCAUCAAUUAGAGACCGACAUUGCCCGGUACGCACAAGUGUUGGGCUCGAUGGCGGGCGAGUCGAAGGAGGGUGCAGACGAGGGGCUGCACGGCUCGAUGGACGCGCUCCGGCGCGUCGGCCGGCUGUUCGGCUGCAAAACCCCCGCCCAGCUCGUCCGGUUCAUCCGCCACCUCGGGCUCGGUAUGGUCUCUUCUGGUAGCACUCAUCUUCAGCUCAUAGGGUCGGCAGUCUUGCCGAUGUCUAUUGACGAACUCUAUCAAUUCGUGCAGGCUAGAGACGAUUGGAAUCGGAUCCAGGACGUCGUCGAGGCCGAGCUGUUUGGAUUCGGCGGCGGCGGCGGCGAGAGUUGUGUCCUCGUUUGAUCUCUAGGCCCCUUUCGCCCUCCCUCCCUCCCUUCCCACCCGGCGUUUCUCAUUCUCCACUUCUCUCUCGAGUCUCGAGUCUCGUCUUUCUCCCCUUUGCUUUUCUCGCGGGCUCAAGGUGCCUCCCUCGGCCCUUUCUUGACUCGCUUUUCUUUCUUUCUUUCUUUCUUCUUAGUUCUUCUUCCCCACUUUUUUUCUUCUUUCUUCUUUUUUUUUAUAUAUCAAAAUUAUAAGGAGUUCUUGUUUUUUUUUCGUUUUUUUGGAAAUCAGGUGUGCUCUUUUUUUUGUAUCGUUAUGUUUUGUUCAAUGACCUUCAACAACACCAACAACAAAAAACUAGAUUCAUUUUUUUUUUAUUUGAUUUGGUUGUCAGUUUCUUGUGUUCUUGUCGGGUUUUCUAGAAAUGGAUGUUA